AUUUUAUAUACCUCUGAAGGUAAUCAUGUUAUAUAUUGUUAAAGAAAGCGUCUAUGUUUUUGUGUGAUGCAUUGUACCAUUUGUACCUCAACUCUCAAGUGUCAACCACGAUUUCGCGUUUAGUCAUUUUACUGGACAUAUUAUAUAUUUCCAUCGCCAUUUUAUAGUUGAUUUAACUUUAUUUAGUUUAAAAUUUAAGUGUUAUUUAUAAUAAUUUUAAAAAAACUUAAUUUAAUUUUAAAGUUUAAACAUUACAAUCAAAAAUGUCGGGCGAUGAAGAAACUUCUAAAUCAGUGCCUUCCACAUCUGAAACCAACAACAUUGAAGAGUCUAAUGAACAGAACACAGCUACAACUGAUGUCAAUACUGUUGCAUUAGAAGUUGCUGAUGACAAAACUUCAACUUCUGAUGACUAUAUUCGUCUACGGGUAAUUACUAGUGACUUAAACAACGAAGUACAUUUUCGUGUAAAGGCUGCAACACCAUUGGUCCGCCUGAAACGCUCAUAUUGCAGCAAGUUGGGUCAUCAAAUAGAUGAGUUGCGCUUUGUGUUUGAUGGUCAUCGAAUCACUGAUGAAGACACUCCAAAAAAGCUAGGUAUGAUCAAUGAUGAUGUCAUAGAAAUAUAUCAAGAAAGAAGUGGUGGUGGUAUAUCGUUUGUUUAAACAAAAGUUAAUUAUUUUGAUCAACAACGGUUUAUUAUUAAUCAUAAUUCUUCAUGUAUUGUAAACAAAAAAAUAAAGGUUUUUAAUUGAUCCUCCUGUAUCUAAACAUCCAUAGUUCAUAUAAAUGACCAUCAUUAAGUUUAGUUUAAAGUAUAAAAAAAAAUAAAAAAGAAACUAACUUUCUACUUUUAAAUAAUUACUUAUUACUAAAUUGAAAAAUGUAAAUGAAACAAAUUUCAAAGGCCUUUCAUAUUUUGUUCUUAUAUAUCUUGUAUGUAUUUUCAUGUUCUUAGAAUUUGUAAGCCUAGAAUAAUAAUUUGUAAUACACACAAUAAAAAUUAUUCAUAAGUUUGAUUAAAUCGUCCAUUACUUAAUGUUUUUUUCUAAAAUACUUGUAGUCUUCAAAUAACGAUUUAUAAAUGACAUAGGUGUGUCCAGACCUCCAUGGCUGGGUAGGCGAAUCGUAAAAUUUUAGUUUUUUACGUUCUAUAUUUAUACUACUUAUUACAUCUAUAUAUUAUAAAAGAUAUAAUACCUACCUAAAAUGUGUGUGACUCUUUUCUCAUAAUAUUACAUUAUAAACUUUUUGUGAAAAUAUGUUAACAUCUAAAAUUUAGAAAAUCUCUGUUACUUACUAUAUACUAUGUCAACUGUCAAGUUAAAGGAAUGCUAGGACAUAAAGCAAACCAUUAAUGUUAUUCAAACUGAAAUUAAGUACUUACCCAUUAAAAUUGAAUAUAGGUAUGAAAAAAAUUAAUUAAAUUAUUAUUAUUAAAAAAUGAUUCAAACAGAAAAAAUGUUCAUGUUAUUACUAAUUAAAAAUCGAUAAUUAAUGAAGAAGUGUAAAAAUAACAAAUAAUAAAAUAUAGUAAAUUAAAGUUUUUUUCAUAAUUUCUUUCUAUGUACCUACUGGUAAAAGUUUCAAUCACGCCAUCAAUAAUAAAAUUGUAAAAUACUGUUAAUACUUACAGUUAUCAAUUCUUCUAAAUGGUCUUGAAGCAUUGAGCUACUAAGUUUUGUUUUGAUGAAACUUACUUGGAAAAAUGUCUUUCAGAACAAAUUGUAAUUAAGAUAGUUACUAAUUCUUUUACAACGUUAUAUAUAUUUUUAAAUAUUGUAUCUCUUCCAGAAUCAGCUAACUAUCCAACUUCAUAUUAUUAUUUAAUAUUUUAUUAUAAACGACUGGUGACAAAAACCUCUAAUAAGUUCCUGGGGACGCAUCUGCCUACCCAGCCUCCCCCAUAGACACGCCUAUGAUAAAUGACAGAUAAGUUAUAUAAUUUAAGUUUCUUUCCUAUACAAUAUUUAUUUUUUUUUCCAAAACUUACAACAUUUUUGGAUAAUGAUUAAUUUUAUUUUGUAUUUAAUGUAAAUUUAAAUUUAGCUAGUAUAACUUUUACUUGUGUAUUUUUUACUUUAUUGUACUCUUCAAUACAAUAAUGUAAAGUUUGGCAGUAGUAAAGUUAACCUAAUAUUGGGUAUGUAGUACAUGCUAAGGAUUAUAUAUAUCUACUUAGUACUUACUUUUAAAUGAUUUUUUUUUAUCAUUUGAUAUACCUAAUUGAUAAGUUUAAAUAAAUAUUUUUUUAAGUUGCAUAUUUAAUUUAUUUUAGUUGUAUGUAGGUAUUCAUAACAAUACAUUUUUUGUCAUUAAAAUAUGAAUGAAUUAUCAUUAUUAUAAUAUUUACUUAUAUUUACUAAUUUAAUUAUGUUUAUCAUUUAAAAAUAAAAUAGUAAGAUCAAUUAA